ACAGCAUGAAGCCAGACACGCGACUGAGCGUUGCUGACCUAACUGACCGUGGAAAUAAUGGAAGCAAACCGCGGCUACUCAAAGCAAGAGGUGCGCGACAAACUUUUAGUUUUGGUUCCGUUUCUGCUGUACCAAUGCCUCCUUUGCUGUACUCAUCCGAAGUUCGAAGCCAACGAAAUCCGUUACUGGCCCGCUCCGAUGCCGCUCCGCCCUCCGAUCUCCGGUGUUGACGCCAGCGAGCCAGCGAAGUGUCGAGAGCUGUUGAUGUGGGAGCGGCGGCGGCGGCGGCAAGCCGACAUCCGCCCAGCUAACAGCGUAAAGAGCACGCGUUUUCGCGCUGCGUAAGCGCGGCUACCGGCCGCUACCCCAAGCCCGCCAUGAAAGGCGCCCGCCAGUCAACGCCCGGCACGAUGUCCGCCAUAAAGGACGCGCACGUCGUCAAAAUCGCCGUCGAGAUGGACGAACAAGUGCCGCAACUCAUCACGUUCGACCAGCAGCUACCGCUCACGGCAAUCAUCCAGGACCUGUGCAACACCUGGGCACUUGCCGAACCUGAGCAGUACUCGCUCCAGUUCUCGGACAAUGCUCGCUCCUACAUCACCGAGAAGAACCGAAACGACAUCAAGAACGGCUACGUCCUGCGACUGACGCACAGCCCCGCCAAGACGGCGCAGGACAUCCUCGACAAGCUGCACUCUAACAAGCCGGAUGACAUGCGGGCGGCUCUGGAGCGUCUGCAGAGGCUUUCAUCGGACUACACGUUCGCGCUCGAGUUCAUAAACAAGCAGGGACACCAGUUGCUCAUCAACAUGGUCGAAGCGGGUACCUACACGGGCGACCACUUGGCGCUGACUUUGCAGUCGUUCGUGGAACUUAUGGAUCACGGCAUCGUCUUCUGGGACAUCUUGGAGCCAAAGUUUGUUGGCCGCGUCGCCAAUCAGGUGAAUGUCAACACAACUCAGGACACAAGGACGUUACAGGCCUCUCUCUCCAUACUGGAAUCUCUUGUCUUGAACGGCACCGGUCGCUAUGCCAUGGUAGACCAAGAGGUCACAUUACCGAAUCUUAUCAUGCACAUGCAGUCAUCAGCAGUUGAAAUACAGCAGUCAGCUGUGGCACUGAUCAACGCACUCUUCCUCAAGGCUGAGAGCACCACAAAGCGCAAGACUCUAGCAGCGACCCUGUCUUCGCGGCACAUCCGCAACGUCAUUGUUACAGCUGUCCUUCAACGUUCGCAACAGCAUGUUGGCACUGAAAUGGCUCACCAGCUUUAUGUUCUUCAAACACUGUUGCUCAACCUGCUGGAGGAACGGCGUGUUGGUGUUGACCCAAAUGAUGCCGAGGCUCGUGAGCGAAUCCUCGAACUACGACGCAUUGCAUUCGACGUUGAAGCUGACGGUACCUGUAGCACUACAAGUGGUGGCCGGAAAGGCGGUGGCUAUGCAAAAGACUACAAGAAGCUGGGUUUCCAAAACCAUACCAACCCUAUUGAGGACUUUAGUGAACCACCUGGAAUAUUGGCAUUGGACAACAUGGUCUACUUUGCCAGAAACCACACAGAAAGUUACACUAAGUUUGUUCUCGAGAACUCAUGCAGGGCUGAUGAGCACGAGUGUCCUUUUGGCCGCAGCAGCAUUCGACUGACCCGGCUUCUGACUGAAAUCCUCAAGGUUGGUGAGCCCCCUACGGAGCAGGGAAAGACUUACUACCCAAUGUUCUUUACACACGACCAUCCAUUUGAAGAGUUCUUUUGCAUUGGCAUCAUGCUCUUAAACAAGACUUGGAAAGAGAUGAGAGCGACGACCGAAGACUUCGUCAAGGUCUUUAGUGUGGUCCAGGAACAGAUCAGCCGUGCCCUGGCCACAGAGCCGCCUCUCAUGAGUCUCGACAAGUUUCGUAGUAAGCUCGCAACACUGACCUACUCGGAGAUCAUGAACCUGUGGCAGCAGGAGCAGUCUACGAGAGAGGAGUGGGAGAGCCAGGCCAAGCCCAUUAUCGAACUACGAGAACAGGUCACGCCGGAGAUAAUGGACCUCAUCCAGCAGCAGAGGCUGCAGUUCCUCUGUGAGGGCACACUGUUCACCAAGUACUCAGCAAAGGGUCACAGAAUCAAGGACAAGUUCUGGUACUGCCGACUGUCACCGAGCCAGAAAGUCUUCCACUACGGCGACUGUGAGGAAAACGCGACGCCCAGCCUCGAAGAGCUGCCGCACAAGCUGCCUGUGAUCGAGAUCAGAAGUCUGGCAACUGGCCGCGAGUGUCCGUACAUGAAAGACACCCGCAAGGCGAAGUCGACAGCUUCACUGGCAUUUUCUCUUAUACCAGACUCGAACCAGGAACCACUCAACUUUGUUGCAUCAAAUGAAAAGAUCUUUGACUACUGGACAGAUGGCAUCAAUGCCUUGUUAGGCAAGAAGAUGGUCAGCAAGGAAACAAAAAAUGACUUAGAAACUCUGCUUAGUAUGGAGAUCAAACUGAGACUCAUGGACACGGAAGGUGUGGACAUCCCGGAGAGCCCUCCUCCAAUUCCUAAGGAACCGCCUAAUUUUGACUUCUGCUAUGAGUUCAAGUAGUAUGUCAGACAGUGAUAAGUGUCCAACUUUGUGUACAGUCACUUUCGAACGAACCGUGCUGAACAUUUCAUGUGCUUGACCCCCUUUCACCGAGUGCUUUCGCUGGCUCUUUGCAUUUUUAUCUCAUUCAUUCUGAUCUUAAUCUCUGAUCUCCUGCUUGGCCUCAUUGCAAACCUCUUCAUUUUGCUUGUUGGGACCAUUCGAAAAGUGCAAUUGGUUGCACUAGGUCUCCACAGAAUUGGCUGUUUUAACAUUCCAUCGCAUGCUUCUAGAGCAAGUUUUAAGUGACAUGUAUGUAGAAAUACGGACAAAGAGCAUGAGCUCAGUUGAACAGUAUUUUAGGUUAGUGUUGUGGACAGCUGUUUCGUAGCAUUUAGCAGGUACUUGUUGUGUGAACAUAGCGACGAUCAGUAAUUUUGUAAAAAAAAGGUUUUGGACUACUUUUUUCUUGCGUGCUCUGUUGCUUAAGCUUUCUUUUUACAUUCUUUCUAAGGUAUCCUUAAACAUGUGCUUCAUUGUCAUAUCCUCAGAUUGUCUUCCAUUCAUUUAUGUACAAAGCAACUUUGUUGUAGAGUGCUGAGGAAAAAAAGUAUUAGAACCUUUGUAUUAUUGUGGGCAAAUGAAAUUUCCUAGAACAGUUACAAGAACUUUUUGUAGUUUUGUGGACAAAUAAAGUAUCUAUGGGACGGUUCAAAUGCCAAUACUAUGACAUUUUAUAUUGCAGAGGCCCCAAAUUGAGUGCACUGUUACUUCACCUAACUUCAACUGAAAUCUUCAUUUACUGGCGCUCGCAUUUGAAUCGUCCCAUCUGUAUCUCAUGGUUCCACCUUAGCAUGUAGUGCAAUGCAGAGACUGAAAUAUUGAAAACAAGCUUCUGGGUAAAGUGUUUUAUUAAACUCAAUUCUUUUUAUGUGUAGGGUCCAUUUCCGGGAUGAACAGUCUUGCUCUGAAUAUUAGUCUAGCAAGCGAAAUGCAGAAUAUACAAAAACGUGCAAAAAUACGAAGUGCUAAAGAUGUAUGGUGCAGUUCACUUUAAAAGAAAACGCCAGGUCUUGUUGAUUAGAGCUAGAUGUAACAUGGAGGCCUGCAGACUAUAUUUGUGCAGGCUCAUCUACUCUUGCGGUAAACAUGCGAGCACAUGGCCACGCUCCACAGAGUGCCACUGCAGCUUUAUAUUAAAGCAAAGCUGUACAGGCACAAUGGAUGCGUGGCUGGUGUCGUCUACUACAUUGUUCGGGCACACUAGCCACUGUGGCACGAACACAGGGUUGUGUCUGCGAAGCCAGGUGCUUCAUGUAGGAGCCAUAAGAGUCAAAUGAACCCCAUUAACACCAGCAAGCUGUUCUUCCUUAGGGGAGGAUUCAGCUUCCUUUUGCUAACUGCUGGGGAUGACCAGAGAGGCCAAACUGUUUUUGCCUGACGUAAAUGUUUAAUGGCGUCGCCGAGGCAGUUAAUUAAAAAGUUAAUUAUAACGGGUAAAACACUGGCCUUUUACGUACAGUCCACAAACACUCGGCUCGCAUGCCCACGACAGCGAUUCAACACUGAAAGCAAGGUUCUCUUUGCUGCUGCACUACCGGUCCGUGGAGUGCAGCGACAUGCUUGCGUGUUCACUCAUCGAGAGUGGACACACAGCCUGUGCAUAUAGCGUGACACUAUAUAUGUGUGACACCAUGUACCAUAUUUGCAUGUAAAUAACGCGACCGUGAAUAUAACGCAAGAGGGAAUUUCGGUCUCUCAGAAAAAGAACAGAAUAUGUUACGAUCAUAAUGUGAAGUGGAAGGAAACGACACAAAACGGAUGCCCACAGAGCUUUAUUCAUUGUUACUGUGGACUGUUGUCACAAUGUAAAGUGAAAGGACGAGUGCAUACACAAUUUACUCAUCAAUACUGACGUCUUUGUGACUGUCGGCGAGAACGACCUGGUCUUCCAUGCGACCUAUGUUAUUGGACAGGCAACACUUCAGAAACGCCUAUGACACAAUCAAACACGGCAAAGCCUUUCGCGCACUGUGCAGUGAUGCACCACGCGACUUCGAAGACCACUUGCUUGACGCGCCUUCACAACAGCACAGAUCCUCUUGCUCAAGGUUGCGAAUAAUAUGUGUAACCACACUGAUGUGUCACUAACAGCGUUCUAAAUCAGGAGAAAAAAAGACUGGGCGAAAUGCACAGUGGCAACACUCGGCACGCACACUCUUGCACGAGGCAUAGCAAGUGCUAAAGAAAAUCGGUUAAAAAUUGCGUUACAUAUUCGUGUCACGAACCCGAAUAAAAUGCGAGGCGCAUUCGGAGGCUGGAAAUGUUGGAAAGAAACUCGCCUUAUAUUCUUGCAAAUACGGUAUGUGUGACACCAUAUAUGUGUGACACUUCGUAUCACUGUUCUUUUCUUCCUGAUAAAGUUGAACUGUUGCUCUUAUGUCCACUUUAAUAUGAUUUAAGCGUUCCUAUUAAAACUCGACCAUACUCUACGUUUGGCCACAAAAGCUUAUGGGCCACAAGAUUUGCAAUAAAAAAAAUUCCUGUGGAGCCUCGGCACAUAACAUUGAAUUCAAUGUUUCACUCUGCAGUAGUUUUUUCAGAUUCCGUUAAAUUACAAGUGCCAUGCAGAAGCUCACGUUUGCCGUAGAACCCAUUUCCUGUAAACUUUUGUGCCCAACUGUACAUUUGUCGGAAAGUUGGCUGUUGCAAACAUUCCUAGAUGUCUCGGUGACACUGUUUUGCAAAGCAAGUUUCAAGGGUACCAAUGCUUGCUGUUUAAAAAUGUUGACGUCUGAGCCAUAGUAUUUUUGACACUUUUGAUAGGGUCAACCCAGUGUCUGCGCAGGUCGCAAGAUCACACUGACUGCAUUUAUCCAUGCUUGGCAUUGUGUUAUGUUUUACAAAUCAAUGCUUGAGUCUACACACACUAGUCUUCUUAUGUUUUCUUAAAAAAGACUGUAUGCGCAAGGUUGUAGCUUGCAUUGCAAUAAGUUGGUGCCUGCUUCAGCAGUUUUACAGUCCUUUGCUUCAAUUGUAUUUGUGAAGCUGAACCCAUUUCCAUAUUGUGUGAAUAAUUUGUGUGGCACUCUACUGUUAUACUGCCUGUAUGAAGUGUAAUCGUAGAAUAGAACUUUUCACCUGUAUGUCCUUGGCGCCAAAUGAAAAUUUCACUUAUUAUUGAGAGCACAGCACGCAGUGUGUUUGGACGUUUAUUUAUUGUGAUUAUAUACAGCAAGAGCACAUGAAGACCAAGCAAAAUAAAGACUUAUGAAAAAUA